AACUGCUACUCACACAGAUAUGAAAAGUGGAACAUGCAGCCGCUGCACUUUAGUAAAAUGAAUAUUGAACUUACAACUAAUUCAUCUAUGGACACGUCAGGGCUUAUGGCAGUGAACGAGUUAACAGUGAAAUCCGGCUGUGUACGUAAACCUCAAAGGGCGGGGCACCGUCUUUACGUCAUUUUUAAUGGACGGAAAAGCAGGAAGUUUUCAAAACAACAGCACACGCCGCUAGGUCCCAAUGCUCCUUCGGGUUCGGAGGGGGGGCGGGGUGCGGUUUGAGUUGGCCGGUACUUGUUAUGCGUUAAUGUAAUAGUCGUGUCAGAUAGAGAAGUCUUGGAAUUUCUGUGGAUUCGUACCGGAUCCAGCAAACGAAUCAACAGAAAUAUUCAAAAGUUGCGGUUUGCAAAAGACAUAUGCUUCGAAAUGCUAUAUUCAUGUAAUCGAGGUAGUUAUUGGCCUUUAUGCGGAAAUUAUGCUUCCUCUUGUUUUUUUCAGUUCUCUUAAUUGAUACUUUCUGAGGCGAAUGUUGCCAAAUAAUGAAGCGACUUACUCUGCAUCAAGAGACAGAUUUUAGUGACUUCACCCAAGGUAGGGUUUUGAUUGACUUUUUAAAACAGAACUCCGCCAGUAGUAUCUGCCAUACCAAUAACAUUCAUAGUCGAUUAUCCAACAUCCGAAUUAGUCCAAAUGGGCACCACAUCCAUAUAAUUAUUAGCGAGCCGAAAAGUGGCCUUUUAACUUUCGACAAGCAUAUACGACAUACUCAGUCACGCAACCAAAAACUUUUAGUGUUAAGCCGUACGAGAUCAGUUUAUAUCGUGGACGUUGUCUACUUGAACAAUAGUAACAGAGAUCGGGUUGGAGAUACAGCCGUUGUCGUUUUUGAAAAUGGAAAGUCCGAUUUUUGGAAAUACUGCGAGCAGGAAGGCUGGCAUUUCCUGCAGACUCUGGAACUGUGCCAGAUCCCUAAAGCGAAAGUGAGGUCCAUCUGUGUCAGCGGCAACAUCAUUGUCUGGUGUGAAGAGACCCCACCCUCCAAAACAACAUCAGCUAUCAGUGUUCAUCAGAACUGCUUCUGUUACCGUGUCUGCAGCAGAUCUUAUGAACUGGAGGAGGGGGCAGCCAUCUUGGGGGAGGUUAAGGUCAUUCUGCAGAACAGUCCUCGGUUCAUGACCGUUGCCUCUGGAAACAAUGUGCACCUCCUGCCAGACCCAAAGGGAGGUGCUUUCAGGAACAUCUCUGGUUUCUUCCUGACAUGGUUCCCACAGUGUGGCUCACUUGCCAUCAGCAGUAUCUCCAGGGGAAUUCUACUGAGGAAGGAGUCAUGUGCUAUGAGCGAUGGUUAUAAUUUCACAGAGCUCGUAUCCCUCGUGCUGCCUUUGGCCUCCAACCAUCUAGAAAUCUGUGCUGCCUCUACCUCCAGGUGUGACAGCCUGUCCUUUCUGCUGAGCUCUGGCUGGAUCAACAUGAUUGACAGUCAUGGCACGUUGAGACAAGUCUACAAACUGGCGGACAGUUGUGGCACCAUAGGUGGCAAAUGGAUCGACAUGAAUAUCUACCAUAAUUGGCUGGCUGUGAUAGUGGGGAGGACCUUAUAUUUGAUUGAUGCCCAGUGUGGCUUGAAAUUGGAGAAGAUCCUCCUGAAAACAGAUGGGAUGCUUUUUGUGAACUGCCAGGACAGCCAGGUGCCACACAUCCUGACAGAAGCUGGGCUAUUCCAAGUGAAAUGCCGGGAUCAAGACUUCAGUCAUGUGCUGGACCAAGGCUGUGUCAGGCCAGAUGACGUCCUUAUGAAGGCUGUCUUUGAGGAGUCUUGUAGGCACUACCAGAAAAGGAGCCUGAGUGACAGACAAAUUACAGUGGAGACGCUGGUAGCUGACAGGAAAUUCCAGGCUCCUUUCUUAUUGUCCUCCAUCCUCUGUGACUUCCUGAAAGUACAGGAUGGAAGCGACCAUGACUACGGCCAGCUACUCGGCUUCCUGAAGCCUGAGUUGAAACGCUUCAUGCUGCUGGAUGGCAUCAAAAUGUUAGCGACUGCAGCAUCUGAGAAGGACCAGAGCAGCUGCUGUGAAGUGUUGGUGUGUGAGGAGGUUGGCCGGCUGCUUCGUUCAGACAUGGACAGAGAGGAUGUGCUCCACCUGAACCUCAUGUUCAACAUGUUCCCAUCUGAAUCAUGGCGGGCCACACAGGGGAUCCUACAGCUUACGUUGAAUGAAGAAGGAUCCUUUUCUGCCAAGGUUCCACUUGAGUUAUGGGGGACUAUCCUGUCCAGUGUUCAGCCGUUGGCUUGGCCCACACAUCAAGGCUUUCUUCCAGCUGUGCCAGUGCCAGUGUUUGAGCUGAUCUGCCAGAUGUUUCUUCGAUAUCAGCCUCAGUGGCUCCCCAGAUUUCUGGAACUGGCACAGCAGUGCAGUGGUGACCUUUUGUCCACUUCCUCCAGGCAGAAGGCCAGUCCUGACGAGACCCCUCUCUACAAACGGGCCCUUUCGGUGCUGCCAUUAGGCAGGGACACCCAGGGCCUGGAGGUGGAACUGCUGCUGUGCAGCUGCAGGCCCACUGGGAUCCUGCAAGCCCUGCGGCUCCUUGUGGACCGACGCCAGUGGGAACAGGUUCUCCAGCUGGCAGAGCGGUUCUGCCAGCAGAGCCCACUGCUGAACAAGGAAAUCUUUACGACCCUGCUACAGGAACUCUCCCAGCAUCGUGACCUGGACCCUUACCUAGACCGAGUAUGGGCCCUGUGUCCCACGGACAUCACAAGUACCGGCAUCCUGGGUGUGCUUCUGGAGAGCCUUUCCCCGUCCGGACCUGACCCUUUCCGGACACAAAACUGCCAACUUACCUUAGGCCUGCUAAGGCCCCUGUUGAGCCAGGUGCUCCAAAGAGAGACCAAGGUCAACCAGGGGUGUGUGAGGGUCCUCUGGCCCCGAGGCCAUCCCCCCCCGGUGCCCCCAAGGCAACCCAGGAAGGUGUUGGUUGAGUCUGAUGUUGGUCACCCAUGUGCCACUUAUCAGCCUGAAAGUGCAAAUGGACGACUGGCAGCCAAUCCUGAUGGCUAGAGCUCACACCUCAGCUUAUAAAGAAAGUUUAGGCCAUUGCCGGGGAAUUGGGAGGGAGCAAAAACGUGGACCGUCUGGUGGUCCCCGAGGACCAAGUUGAGAGACCUUGUAUUACAUUACAUUUUAUUAAAGACAAAAUCUCCAUAGCUA